CAAAUUCUCCGCUCAUUCAGUCCUGCGCACCUCCCCGCCUCGGCAGAGCCCUUCUCGGGCGCUCCUCAUCCAGACUCUGGAUGUAUAAAACUUUCGGCAAAGACUGGAGUUACAGGCUGGGACGGUAGGAAACUAGUAGCAGGAAUCCAUGAGCCUCUUCAGAGUGAAGGAGAGAGCUUGCACUUGGCAGGAGAUGAAUUAAAAUGCAGCACACCACGUGUACGGAGGACAGGAUCUAUCACGCACUGGAAAGAUGUCUACAUGGCCUUAGCAGAGAUGCUGUCUCCAGCAGAUGGGCGGCUGGUCUGUGCCUGAACUGCUGGAGCCUUCAGGAGCUGGUCAGCCGAGAUGCGGGAAACUACCUCAUCCUCGUGGAGAAAAUCCUCAGCAAAGCCAAAGAGGUCCAGGAGAAGUGUGACUACGAUCUCGUGACUCCACUGGCUCUGCUUUUCUACUAUGCGGUUCUGUAUGCUCCUCACUUCCCUCCGGGCUCUGACCUGCUCCUGAAGGCCGCCAGCAUCUACCACAACUUCCUCACCUGGCCCGUGCCCUACUGCAAUAUCUUCCGGGAGCUGCUCACCUUCAUCAGUGAUGAGCUCAAGGCCCCAGGGAUUUCAUUCCAGAGGCUGGUGAGGACAGAGCAGGGGCUGCCCCUGAAGAGCCACCAGAGCUCCACUGUCACGGUGCUGCUGCUCAACCGCUCCGAGGUGCAGAGCGAGUUCCUCUCCAUCGCAGAGAAGCUGAGCACCCCCGAGCUGCCGCGGCGCACCACGCUCCUGGUGCUGCUGGAGCACCUCUACCAGGCCACCUUCGGUACCCGCUGUGACCUGGACAGCCUGCGCCGUCUCCUGAAGUCCAAGUCGCUGGAAGAGCUCUCGGAGCUCUACGCCAGCACCGCAGAGGCCCAGGAGAUAGCCGCCGCCAGCAGCGAUCCCGCCCUGGCACAGCAGCAACUGCAGUCCGCGCUGCAAGACAUCGCCGGAGCAGCAGCCUUCCCUGCCGUCGCAGGUGAGGCCCAGCCCCGCAAGCUCCACACCAUCCCUAUCCCCCCGGCACGCUGUUACACUUACAGCUGGGAUCAGGAUAACUUUGACAUCCUCAAUGAUGUCCUCAGCAAAGAGUGCCGCGUCGUUGAGCCCAUGGUCUCGGAGAAUGAGGAGGAGGAAGAGGAGGAGGAGGAGGUGGAAAUUGAUGGCUGUUCUCCAGAAAGGGACUCGCUGCUUUCCCCUAUCUCUGCCAUUUCCAAAGACUCUGUGUACUCAACGCUAUCGGAGGAAGGAUCUAAGCACUCGCGAGUGUCCCUCUUCACUGCUUCCAAGGACUCCAUCUCAGAGCUGACAGUGGUCUCCAGAAAGUCCUUGAAGUCUUUUGUCUCCAGCCUCAAGGACUGUAUGGACAGUGGCUAUGCAGAAGACAGCGAUGAGAGCUCUCUGGACGUGGUGGGGAGGCCAGAGCUCAAAGUGGAGAAGACCCACCACAAAUACAGGCACACACUGACCAACAAGAUCUACAAACUGUUCAAGAGCAAAAGCCAACUGGUCUUGAGGAGAGACCUGAAGGACUGCUCAGACACAGGCUCGCUCUCGCUGCCCCUGCGCCGGGCCGAGAGCCUGUGCAACCCCGAAGCCAAGCACCGCAUCCUGGCCCGUUCGCGGCGAGCUCAUUCGCUGCCCCAGCACGUCCUGAGCCAGCGGCUCCCGGCACAAUAUGUGCCGCAGCACGUGAGCCUCCACCGCAGGCCCUUCCUCAGCUAUGACGAGGAUGCCAAGGUGUCCACGCUGCGUGUUGUGGUCUUUGGCUCCGACCGCAUCUCAGGGAAAGUGGCCCGGGCCUACAGCAACCUCAGGCUAAAAGAAAGCACCUGCCCCUCACUGACAAGGUACUUCAAGCUGCAGUUUUACUACAUCCCCGUGAAGAGGAGCUGCCUCUCUCCGUCGGCCCCGCUGAUGCAUCCUCCCCCAUCCCCGGGGGACCCGCAGCUCCGAGGCUCAGCACAGGCGGAGCCUACGUUGGCCAGGGUGGAGACCAGCACCAAUGACAUCUCCCACUACAUUGGGAUGUUGGACCCAUGGUACGAGCGUAACGUUCUUGGGCUGAUGAACCUGCCCAUGGAUGUCCUCUGUCAGUCUGCCAAGCCGGAGGCUGAGCCGCAGGAGGACUCCAGGGAGCAGCUGCCCAUCCUGGCUGACAUGAUUCUCUACUACUGCCGGUUCGCCACGCGCCCCGUGCUGCUGCAGCUCUACCAGACGGAGCUGACCUUCAUGGGCGGGGAAAAGAUGACUGAAGUCUUCAUCCACUCCCUUGAGCUGGGCCACUCGGCUGCCACGCGGGCCAUCAAGGCAUCAGGUCCAGGCAGCAAAAGGCUGGGCAUAGAUGGAGACAGAGAAGCAAUCCCGCUAACACUACAAAUCGCCUACAGCAAGACAGCCGUCAGUGGAAGAAGUCACUGGAAUGAUGUCGAGAAGGUCUGCACGUCUGUCAACCUCAGCAAAGCGUGCAAGAAGUAUGAAGAACUAGCCUCAGAAACAGAGUGUCUCAACUUAACCAUGACUGAGGUGGUCAAAAGGCAAAACUCCAAAUCCAAGAAAAGCUUCAAUCAGCAGAUCAGUGUGUCCCAGAUAAAAGUAGACAAGGUCCAGAUUAUCGGUGUCCAGUCCUCCUUUGCCGUGUGCUUGGACCAGGAUGAGCAGAAGAUCCUGCAGAGUGUAACCAGGUGUGAGAUCUCUGUAUGCUACAAACCAAAGGACAGUGAUCCCCUUGCACUGAGAACGCCCUCUUUGCCUCCCCAGGACCCAUCCGAGUUUCAUUCUCUUCUGUGCUUACCCAUUGCUACCUUCAGUGGAGCACUGCCAUAGAAGGACUAGCCAGACCCUGUGCCCUCUCAGAUGACACUUACAUCCAACAUGCCAAAAUAACCACAGGAAGAGGAAUUUGGCUGCACUCCUUUGGGUUGGAGACCCAGCAGUUCUUGUUCAAGACAUCGUGCAGCCCAAAGCAUUAGCGUGGUGGCUGAGCUGUUCCUGGUCUGUGCUUAGCCUGUCCUUAGGAAAUGGGCACAUCAGUGUCAUGCUUUUGUACCUGCCAGGGUUCCUCAGCGAUGCAAGGGAAGCAGUUUCCUUGAGAUGUCCACAUGCUUCAGCAGACUGCCAACACCUGGUUAGAGAGGGCAAGGCAAGGGCACUAAUAUUCUCCUGCCAGCAAAUGGUUCUGUGGCUGUACUCGACAGUGACUGCAAAGCCAGCGUGAUCUGGAGGGAGCUGAUGGGUGGGCAUUGUGGAAAACGAAUGCCCUUGGUAGUAAGGUCACCCUCAAUGUGUGGAGAGUUGCAGACCACCCAGCUGAGGUCCUGUUGACAUUUCACUCGUGACAAGUCUUGAGAUUCUCGGGACAGUUCUUUGGGAUGGGGGUGGGGAUAGACUUUCUCAUGGAUUUGCUUUAAAUUACAAAAUUUGGGUGUCCUGCAGAGAAACAGUGCACAGCAGAGGGACCUAGCUGAGGCCUAGGAAGAGCUGCUGUUUGUGUUUCAGUGAAUCCAGUGCAAUAGGCUAUAGCAGUGCAUUGAUGGCUUGUCAUGCAUGCAUGUAUUUACUGUAAAUCCAGGACCUGCAGGAGAUGGACUUCUGAUUUUUGCAGACUUUGAGAGCUCAUCCAGAAGGGGAUGAACUCCCUGUUCGGUCCAUGUUCUUGUGGCCUGCUCCCCAGCACUGAAUGACAGAGACAUCGCAGGCAUCGAAUGCUCAAUAGUUGCUUGAAAUAUGGCAGGAACCAUACUUACACUCAUAGAAGGGAGUGAAACACAGAGGAAACUGGUAGGAUUGCCUUUAACUUGCCUGAGGAGGCAGCUUUGGUAGAGAAGGACCCAGCACCAAAAACACUAGUGACACUUGCAGCAGCAAUAGGAUUUGAGAUCCCCUCUGUACUGCAGAGAGAGGCAUUUCCCCCCCCCCCCCCCCCCAUUCUCUCUACAAGGCUGUAGGUGCAGAAAGGUGCAAUAGUUGGGGGUAUUUAGAGGUAUUCUGACUCCAGGAGCAAUAAAAGAAAUGAGAAGAGCCUUGCCUGGUUUCUUAGCUCUCAAGCUGUGUCUCAGUAGUUGUUGAUGAUUGCACUAAUGGCAGGCAGAAGAGCAUGUCUGUACCGCCUGUGACAGGCAAAGAGGAUCCUAAUGCUGAGCACACACUUCCUGGGAAGUGGCUGGAAGGGGCCCCCUGGACUGCCCGGAGGCUGCAGGCCUCAGCCGUGGUGUCCGAGUUCAGUGUGGGUCCCCCAGUCCUUCAGAAAAUGGCACUUGAUCAGCUCUUAGCACUCAGAGCAAGUCAGGUUCUGUCCCACAGGGCUGGUGGCAGAGCAGCAGUCCCCCUUGUCCUGGGUGUGGGAGGAGGCUCAACACUUUGAAGGUUAAAUUUGACAGGAAAAGGGCCAGAGCCCCUGGUGCUUCAGUUGUCCCGGAGGAGGGUGGGCCAGGCUUGUCUGUGGGAUUCCUCCACAUCUUUCCUGGAAGGGUUUUGGGGAUCCCUUCUGCUCCAAGGACUUGGACCUUGUGGCCUGUCAGCUGGUGGACCUGCUUUCUCCCCCCACUACCUCUGUUGCUGUUUCUGAACAGCUUGGUCCAGACCUGUGGGUCUGGUCUUGCCUGGUGAACAUCUCCGAUUGACAAGGUGCUUUGGUGUCCUUAUCAGCUCUGGGUGCAACUGCUGCCCGUGGCCAGAGAUGAGCAACAGUGAGACGUGAACGUGCUCCCGAGGCCUCUGGUUUUUAUCCACCUACUUGAAUAAACCAUCCCAAGGAUGGUGUUGCCUUGUGGACUCCAAGACUUUGUUCAGGGCAAAGCAUCACUUGAACACACACAGCGGUUCUGGCUCUGCUGUGACGUGAAGCUGGCUUGGACUCCUGGCCAGGACCCACCUUCCAUGUCCAUGCACCGACCUCCAGAGCACCUGCUAUUCAGUACCGUGCAGGGUAGUGUCUUUCCUCUGCUCCCAGCACGGGCUCGUCAGGGACACCGAGCCGCUGCUGGGUGGCGGCGGGAUGCCCCCUUUCUCACUGGGGUGCCUGCAGGGCGAUGCGGAAAUGCCAGCCAGGGUCGCUACUGUGUGUUUUCUUCUGCACAUCAAUACUUUAAGUCUGACAGGCUCAAGGCAUCAAAAACAGACUUCAAUAGCUCUUUCCAUGCACUUGGAAAAAGUUUUCCCGUCGACUUUUCAUUUCUCAAACAGGUUUGUGUGCGUUGUUUUAAAUGGGGCUGGAAUUUGACAGCUGUUUUUUUUGUUCAAUACUUUAAAAUAGCACCUUAUCCUGUCAAAACAUUGCUAUUUGUGAUCUUGAUAUCCGUGGCUAAAUAUAUCCUUGCCGCCGUUAAUGACACAAACCUUUUUGGUUUCAGCUGGCCCUAUGAAAAUACUGAAGAGGAAAAUUUCCAUGUCAUGGAGAAAAACAAGCACAAACUCUAGGGACUUAUAAUCCCUCCUAAUUUUUUUGACCUCUGAUGCUUUUUUUAAAAAAGAAAAGGAGGAAGUGAGAGGUUCUUUCAAGCCAUCCUUGUACAUAUGUGAAGCCUCACCAAAUCUUUGUAAUGUCUGUGCUGAUCUGUAAAAUACUGUUCAAAGAACUUUAAAGGUAAUUGUAAAAUAUUAAAUGUGAUUUAUUUCAAGUACAA